GAAAAAUCAUAGAUUUUUUUAAAAUCUGUAAAUAUUUUAUCAGGAUAAAAUUUGUUUUUAUAAUUUUUAUUUAAUUUCUUCUUUUUCUCAGGCAAUUCAUAUUUUUGUUUCGGCGUGUAAAAGAAUCCUUUUAUUUGUUACUGUGGAUGUGUUAUCCAGUGGGUGACCUCCUGGAUGAGCUCAUCCCGUGUUUUGUGGCGGAGCUCAGCCUUUGUGCGGGCGGACCACGCCCCGGCCACGGUGGAAGCGCCGCGCGGUCCCCUAAGCUAGGCUAGCUCCCAGCCGCUGCUACAUCCGGGCGCUCCGUUAGGUUUACCCUGCGAAGAUGGCGACUUCAGGGAGGAGUGCACUAUUAUCCUCCACCUCAAGUGGACCUAAGAGCACACUGGAGAAUUCCAACCCAGAAGAGGACGAUGGGCAGAACCUAUGGUCCACCAUCCUGAGUGAAGUGUCCACCCAUUCAAGAUCAAAGCUUCCGUCUGGGAAAAAUGUCCUGGUCAUGGGUGAGGUGGGUUCAGGGAAGACCACCUUGGUCGCAAAAUUGCAGGGUAUUGAGGAGUACAUGAAGGGGCGUGGCCUAGAAUACCUCUACUUCAGUGUUCAUGAUGAUGACAUUGAUGAUCACACUAGAUGCAACGCGUGGGUGUUGGAUGGAGACCUUUACCACAAAGGUCUGCAGGGAGUAGCUGUUCCAGUGGACUCUGUGGAAAACACUGUGCUCCUGAUAGCAGUUGACAUGUCACGGCCUUGGAAUGCCCUGGACUCUCUUCAGAAGUGGGCUGCCGUUGCUAGGGAACACAUCGACAAACUCCGAGUUGCUCCGGAAAAGCUGCGGGAGAUGGAACACAGAAUUGUUAAACAGUUUCAGGAGUAUGUAGAGCCAGGUAGUGGAGAAGAUGGAGUACCACAAAGGAGAAGUGAAGAGGAGGAGGGUGUACUGCUGCCGCUAGGAGACAACACACUUACACACAAUCUGGGAAUCCCAGUCGUGGUGGUCUGCACUAAGUGUGAUGCUAUCAGCACUUUGGAGAAGGAGCACGACUACAGAGACGAGCACUUGGACUUUAUCCAGUCGCACAUCAGACGGUUCUGUCUACACUAUGGUGCAACUCUGCUUUACACGUCAGUGAAGGAGAUGAAGAAUCUGGACAUCUUGUACAAAUAUCUGGUUCACAGACUUUACGGUUUUCCAUUCCACUGCAGCGCUCAGGUGGUCGAGAAAGACGCCGUUUUCAUUCCAUCAGGCUGGGACAACGAGAAAAAGAUUGCCAUACUUUAUGAGAACUUCCAGACAGUGAAAGCAGACGACAACUACGAGGACGUCAUAAUCAAACCACCAGUUAGAAAGAUUGUUCAUGAAAAGGAGAUACAGGCAGAGGACGACCAAGUGUUUCUGGUGAAGCUGCAGUCACUACUUGCCAAACAGCCUACAGUGACAGCAGGGCGGCCAGUGGACACCUCCAGCAGGGCACCCACAGGCUCCCCGAGGACGAGUAAUCGCUCUGCAGCAGCCAAUGUAGCAAACGCCAUGCCGCAGUCUGGUCAGACCAGUGAAGGUGUGCUGGCCAAUUUCUUUAACAGUCUACUGACUAAGAAAGCAGGUACAGGCGCUCCGGGGACUCCAGGCGGCGGUAACAACACUCCAGGAACUGUUCGGAAGUCAGGUUCAAAGCUGGGCCUGGGCGAGGUCCAGGCAGAGCUGGACCGCAUAUCCAGUCGGGAGACUGACUCAGACUUAUCCAAUGCCAACGACGCCCCAGCCACCGACGGCCAGGACACAUGAAGCCCAUCGCACUUCUCUCAUCACCUGAGUUACGAUCGACCUCCCCCCUCCUCCCACCAUGCUCCCCCCCUUCCGCUUCAUCAUAAAGAUGCAAGGGGAAAACUGAGGGGUGGAUGUUCUUUCUCGUCAUCCUUCACUUUUUCCUCCAGAAAGAACCGUCUUCAUUCCCUUCCCUCACCUACAACCCUGCUUCUUGGCUGUUACACCAAGGGACUAGUGUUUGUCACUUUUACAUGCAAGUCUGUUUGUUACAUGAAAAUAUGAGGAAGGGACGGGGGUCUGAGAAAGGGGAUUCUGAGACUACAAAAAAACUGAAAAUGUGGGUGUUUGAUCCAUCCAUUUACUGUGAUGGUGCAGUUAGUGUUUUUACUUUAGAAAAUGACGAGGAUGCAUUGGCUUAAAAUGAAGAUACUGAGGACGAAAAGUGUUUUUGAUGAAGGGAAAAACGUGUGUGUGUGUGUGUAUAUGUGUGUGCGUGUCAGAGUUGAACAGAACUGUAAGAAUGAGCAAACAGAGCAUGAUUCAAUUCAAUCUCAAGAUUUUUUAUUUAUUUAUUUUUUGUUAUGGUUUUUUUUUUUGGCUGUUUGCAUUCCAACCAAACCCUAACGAUGCUAUGAACACUACUGUUGGAGCCUAAUUGAAGUAUAAUUUAACUUAUUGGAAGUCUACUUUAAGCUUGCUACAAAAGCACUACAAUUUGGUCUUGGUUACUGUGGAGGAUCUGCAUCCACUUCAAACGUGUAAAUAGAGCACUGAACAGAACGGAGGUUUGAGGGUGAGCUUUAUUUGUACAGGAGAAAGCACUAGUGAUUUAAGUUCCAUAGUUACUGCUUACGGGCUGAUUAGAAGAAGGUAGCGGUGGGGUGGGGUGGGGCCAGGAUAUGGGGGAAAAUUGCAUCAAGAAUGUACAGUCAUCGCCUCGCUGAUUGGUCCUGUUAUUUCAGAGCUCCGUGUUGGCGUUUGUAUAAUCAGAUCUGUCAAUCAGUUAAAUAAAAGGUGUAUUUAUUCGGA